GUUUUUUAUUGGCGUAGGCCACACCCUCUCAUUUGUCACCAGACUCCGCCUUGUGUCUGGGCUCCUCCCCGGCCAUCUUUCAUUCAUUCCGCAUGUAGUGCUGGGUGCUUGGGACAUGGGGGUCAAACAGAUCCGUCCCUGCCCUGAGGGAGUUAAGGGGGUGGUGUGGGGACACGGAUCUAGGCUCCGACAGUGACAGCUUAGGGUGGUAAAGAAGCCGCCUAGACCCUGGGAGCCUCCAAGACGCCAGGAAGGCUUCCCGGAGGAGGUGAGACCUAAACCGAGACCUGAGGAAUGGUUAGGAGUUUGCUACAAGGAGACAUUGCGAGGGCAUUCUUGGCAAAAGAACCUGAGACGUGAAAGAAACAGGCGUAUUCUUGGUAAUUGCGAAGAGGACAGAAAUAACAGCAUGUGUUUAUGCUGCUGGAAAGAAUCCAGUAGAGAGGAAGAGGUUGAUGGUGUUGGAGAAAUGCUGGAAUUGUGUCCCUGAGCAGGCAAAGAAGUUCAGAUUCUGGAGCCUUCAAAGUCGACAGUGUGGGGAGUUGGAGUGACCCGGCUGGAUGUGACCCCAGGACAGAAUGGUGCUGGACUCAGGGGCUCAAGUGUAUGAACAGGCACCCCCCAGCCCACCAGCCAGUCCCUCAUCCUUGGGCCAUAGGCUGAAGCCCUCAGACCGAGAUGGGACACUGCUGUACCCCUGGCCUCAGUCCCUGGCCUUGCCCCUGGCUCUGUCAAUCCCCUCAGCCCUGCGGCCCCGGCCUGAGCUGCAGCCCUUCUCAGAGCUGCACUUGGGCCCGCGUGGACACAUGCGUCGCAGUGAGAGCACCUAUACUGUAAAUAGUACUGGCCGGCGGGGGGGUGGCACCCAGGGUCGGGGCCCACCUGGACGGGGACGGGACCCAGGCGGGGGCACCCUGCGGUCUGCAGCCUCCCUGCCUCACAUUGCUAAGACUCGAAAGGAUGCAGGCCGUGGUGCCAGCAAGAGCCCUUGCAUGUUGGUGGCCUUGAGGCCAACCAAUAUGGACCGAGAGCGGGACAAGUUCUUCCAGUCCCACUAUACCUACAACCCACAGUUCGAGUACCAGGAGCCCAUGCCCACGGCUGUGCUGGAGAAGUACUGUGAAGCUUCUGGACAGUUCAUCCAUCAGGCAGUUGGCAUCAUUGAGGCUGUCCUGGAGAAGUUUGGUACCUAUGAACACUUUGAAGCUGCAACGGGGGGCCAGCUGCUGACCAAGUGCCAGAUCUGGUCCAUUGUUCGCAAAUACAUGCAGAAGGAGGGCUGCGUUGGGGAGGUUGUGGUGCAGCUGAGUGAAGACCUGCUGUCCCAGGCAGUGAUGAUGGUGGAGAACAGCCGACCAACGUUGGCCAUCAACCUGACUGGAGCCCGCCAGUAUUGGUUGGAGGGCAUGCUGCGGCACGAGAUAGGCACUCACUACCUGCGGGGCGUGAACAACGCGCGGCAGCCGUGGCACAGCGCCGAGGGCCGGCUGCAGUACGGGCUGCGGCCAGCGAACCCCACGGAGGAGGGCUUGGCCAGCCUGCACAGCGUGCUGUUCCGCAAGCAGCCCUUUCUGUGGCGCGCCGCACUGCUCUACUACACCAUCCACCGCGCCUCGCGCAUGUCCUUCCGCCAGCUCUUCCAGGACCUGGCGCGCUACGUGCAGGACGCCGACGUGCGCUGGGAGUACUGCGUGCGCGCCAAGCGCGGCCAGACGGACACCUCGCUGCCCGGCUGCUUCAGCAAGGAUCAGGUGUACCUGGAUGGCAUCGUGCGCAUUCUGCGGCACCGCCAGACCAUCGAUUUCCCGUUGCUGACCUCACUGGGCAAGGUGUCUUAUGAGGAUGUAGACCACCUGCGGCCCCAUGGGGUGCUGGACAAUACCCGGGUGCCCCACUUCAUGCAAGACUUGGCGCGCUACCGGCAGCAGCUGGAGCACAUCAUGGCCACCAACCGGCUGGAUGAGGCAGAGUUGGGCCGCCUGCUGCCUGACUGA